AUGGAGAGGCCUUCCUUGGAAUUUAACCUGCCUGAUACUCAUGAAGAAGGAAAACUUUAUGUAGUUGAUUCCCUAAACAACCUAAACAAGCUAAAUGUUUGUCCAGCUGAAUCCCACCAUUCCCUAGGUGAGGAAGAGAACACUGGUGGUACUGGAGAAAAUAUGGCAGGGAGCAACACAAGAAACCAAUGUUUGUUCUUCAUCACCUUUAUUCUUACUUUGAUCGUCAGUUUGGCACUCGUUUCAUUUGUAAUAUUCUUAAUAUUUCAAACUAGAAAUGAGGUGGACCAAAUAUCAAGCAGACUACUCUCUGAAAAGAAGAACAUAGAAGAGCUGAAGAAACUUAACAAUAUUAUAUUAAAGCAUCUGAAUGAAUCCAGAAUGAAGGAAAAGCCUUCUGAUCUUCAUGAUUACCUCUUUACCCACCCGAAGCUCUAAGUCCCUGGAGAAUAA